UUUCGGGGGUCCACGGAAAGGGAAAGUUGGAGACUAUAAGUUUAAGAGGAGGAAAAUUAUGAAAAUUCAAGAGUUCAGGAUUUCUCAGAAAGUAGACUGAACAGCAGAACAGGAACACUGUUGGAAUCCGGAAAGAUCCUUUGUAGGACUCCUGUCCACUAAUCCAGAACACCAUGCCUAGAGGCAAUAAGAGCAAGAGCCGCUCCCGGGCCAAAAGGCAGCAGAUUCGGGGAGAGAGGCCUAAUCUCCAGGGUGCUCGGCCCACUGUGGAGGAGAAAGCAGCAUCUCCUGCUCUUGUCCAGGGAGAUGCCCCCAGCUCCCCUGAUACAGGCACUGCUCGGGAGGCUGCAUCCCAUAGCGCUCCUGAGUUAAAUGUGUCCCAUUCUGCCCGUGGGGUUGGUGCUGAGGGUUCUUUUGCAGAUGUGGAUGAGAGGCGUACAAAUGUCUCCACUAUAGCAGAUGCCAUCCAGUCUGCACGCAGAGAUCCUCUGACCAGAAAGGCCACCAAGCUACUUCACUAUCUGCUGGAGAAGUACCAGAAGGAUGAGCAACCUGUGGAGGCAGAGAUGCUGAAGCUGAUCAGCAGGAAGUACAAGGGUCACUUCCCACGGAUCCUGGAGAAAGCCACCUAUCAGCUGGAACUGGUCUAUGGUCUAGAGUUGAAGGUUGACAACCCUACCACUUGCUCCUAUGCCCUUGUUAGCAAGUUACCCAUCCGCCCUGGGGCAAAUAUGGGUGGCAGGAGAGAAUUGCCCAAGACCGGUCUCAUCCUCACCCUCCUGGGUAUGAUCUUCAUGAAGGACAACCACGCCACUGAGGAAGAGGUCUGGCAGUUUCUCCACAUGCAGGGCAUAUAUCCUGGGAGGAGGCACUUAAUCUUUGGGGAGCCCCGGAAUUUCAUCACCAAAGAGCUAGUUGACCAAAAUUAUGUGGAGUACCGCCAGGUUCCUGGCAGUGAUCCCCCAACCUAUGAGUUCCUCUGGGGUCCCAGAGCCCAUGAGGAACACACUUCCAGGAAAGUCAUGGAAAUUUUAACUAAGAUUAAGAAUGCAAUUCCUACUUAUUAUCCUAGGCAGUAUGAGGAGGCUCUCAGUAACCAGGAUGAGAGAGCAGUCAGGAGAGAUGAGGCUGUUGUUUUCCAUGCUGCCAGGUUUCCCUCCCAUGCCCAACCUAGCAGCUCCUCCCACAUUUAGCUAUCCCUUGGUGAUAACUGUCACUGUGCUCAAGAACAGCCAGUUUUCUGAGUAGUGGGGUGUCUGUGAGUAGGCAGGAUCACACGAAGAACUUUUUAUGCAUGGGGAAAGUAUACACAUCCUUGCUACCUUGUUACUAUUCCUGUAACUGAAGAUUAAUUUGAUUAAAAUAUGCUGCUUAAUCUAA